AUGAAGCUGUGGAACAAGUACAAGGUGACCAGUAUUCCCUCGCUGGUGUUUGUGGAUGCAGCCACAGGGAAGGUGGUGUGUCGGAACGGACUACUGGUGGUGAGAGAUGACCCCAAAGGUAAGUCUCUUCAGUCAGCCUCAGUACUGAGAAACUGCUCGGGUACCGGUACACACAAGCAUGCAGUAUAUUACAUGCAAAUUGCCUCGUCAGAAUUUCAUAUUGCAAAGUUUCUGUGCUACAUCCUUCACCAGUUGGAGAGCUGGCCUUAUUUCUCAAUUUGUGUCCUCUUCUGGUAUUGCAUGAAUAUUAUAAAGUGCCCCCUCUAACUCCCACAUCUGCAGACCUAUAAUUUCCCUACUUUUAAGUGGGAGAUGGCCUGUUAGCGAGAGCAGACUUGCAUUCCUUUCUGGUAGAGAGAUGAGGAUGUCAUCUCAUGGCCAAUCCUGACAUCCUGGUCUUCAGAGCCCUUAUUGCACAACAUGAGAAAGAGAGGGAGUAAGGGAGUGGAGAAAGGGAGUGGAGAGAGUAUCGAGCAUCGUGCCAGUAGAACCCGUGGUGCAGGGGAAUGGAUUUCACAUGAGCUGAGCAGACUUUCCCAUGAGUCUGCUUAAUGAAUCCCAGUCUCCCUCCCAGGCCACAGUAGAGUACAUACUGUAUCAUUUCCGUGAUUCAUUAACUACCAACUACAGUAGAUGUGGGUAAAGAAGAGAUUCAUUAACUACCAACUACAGUAGAUGUGGGUAAAGAAGAGAUUCAUCUUCUUGCUCCAUCCCUCCUCUUUCAGAGUUGUUAGAGGGGGUGUGUAGUGUGGUAGCGGUAGCAGAAAAGGGGUGUGUGUUUGUGUUGUGGUGAGGAAGGGAAACAGGGUGGCUAUAGGCGGGGUAGUAAGAGUUUGAGGUGGGCGGUGGGGGGGGGUGGGUGAGGAUUCAGGACUCUCUCUCUUUCAGUGUUAUAAAAGGGCCUAGCUGUCUUUAGUGGUGGAGAGGAGGAGAAGUUGCGAGGAAGGAGUGCACUUUUACAGUGUGAAUGGGGACAACAAUAAAAGGCUGCAGCGGCGGAGGCAGUGGGGAUGUGUCAGCCCUGCCUAAUGAAGCCCUACAGAGGAAGGCCCACAUAAAGGAACCUUUACAGCCCUGCAUACAGAGCUUUAUUUAUGAUUACACCUUUUUAUUUGGUCAUCCCAAACGCAUCUCUAGUGCUUGACACUGACAAUGAAGACACCUUGAAAAGGAAACAAGAGAGCGGGAAAGAGAGGGGGCAAUGCUGGCAGCGCUCCCUGUCCCUGUAUGGGAAAUGGAAAAGUAUGGCUUUCAAUCAUCAUUAAAACAACAUUUUGCAUCUGUUGUGAGGGCCCAUUUCCAAACGCAGAUGACACAGAGUACAAAAGAGCUUGUGAGUAGGAGACACGCUGGGUUUAGAUAUAUGUAUGACAAAUCUGGCCACGUGCAUGUAUUUAAUAUCUAAUAGUUGUUCCAGGGGGGUGGAGAGUGCUCUGGUUUUGAAUGGGGAGUUUGUCACACACACAGAAAGCUCUCUUCUCUGUUCACUAAUCAGACCCUUGGCUCUGUAUAUCCUUUCUCCCUAACACCAAACCCUCCCCCCCACCCUUACCCCCUCCCUUACCCCCUCUUCCCCUUCUGUCCUCCCCCCUCCUAGGCCUGGAGUUCCCCUGGGGGCCCAAGCCCUUUGCAGAGGUGGUGGCCGGCCCUCUGCUCAGGAAUAACAGGCAGACGACGGACAUCAGCUCCCUGGAGGGCCACUAUGUGGGAGUGUACUUCUCAGCACACUGGGUGAGUGGUGGGGGGCCAGGAGGGGCACUAUGUGGGAGUGUACUUCUCAGCACACUGGGUGAGUGGUGGGGGGCCAGGAGGGCCACUAUGUGGGAGUGUACUUCUCAGCACACUGGGUGAGUGGUGGGGGGCCAGGAUGGCCACUAUGUGGGAGUGUACUUCUCAGCACACUGGGUGAGUGGUGGGGGGCCAGGAGGGCCACUAUGUGGGAGUGUACUUCUCAGCACACUGGGUGAGUGGUGGGGGGCCAGGAGGGCCACUAUGUGGGAGUGUACUUCUCAGCACAUUGGGUGAGUGGUGGGGGGCCAGGAGGGCCACUAUGUGGGAGUGUACUUCUCAGCACACUGGGUGAGUGGUGGGGGGCCAGGAGGGGCACUAUGUGGGAGUGUACUUCUCAGCACACUGGGUGAGUGGUGGGGGGCCAGGAGGGGCACUAUGUGGGAGUGUACUUCUCAGCACACUGGGUGAGUGGUGGGGGGCCAGGAGGGCCACUAUGUGGGAGUGUACUUCUCAGCACACUGGGUGAGUGGUGGGGGGCCAGGAGGGCCACUAUGUGGGAGUGUACUUCUCAGCACACUGGGUGAGUGGUGGGGGGCCAGGAGGGGCACACACACACAGGCAGCGGAGCAGGGAGGGGGAGCCUAAUUUUCCUUUUCAGGCACCCAGCUGUCCUCUGAUAUGAGCUUUAGCCCUGUUAAAACAGAGAGGCAUCGGUGAAAGCCAGGGCAGGGCGGCAGGGCACAGCGGGAGGAAACACAGCAGCCGGUAGCCAGGGGAUGGACAGAGUAGUUAGGGGACUUCCAUUGUCUGGGACUACAGUAGCUAGUUAUUCCACUCCUUGCUGUCAUCACCUACUAGUGCCCUUUAAAGUGGGCAGUGGGCGUCAGACCCAUUGUCUCUAUCAGUGCUGGGCUUGCCCAUCCGUGUGAUGGUCGUGAAUUGGUGAUGCAUGAAAGGCUUGUGUCACUGAUGAGCUCAGCUGAUGACACAGACACACACACGCAGGCCGCAGACGCCCCUCCAGCUGCCAGUGCUGCCUUCAGCUCCAGAGACAAGCCAGCACCAAGCCAUGACACACUCAGACUAGUCCACUUUCCAAACCAAUACAAAUUGGUACAUUUUAUUUGUCACCUCUUCAUCAACAACAGGUGUAGACUAACUGUGAAAUGCUUAGUUACUGGUCCUUUUCCAACGAUGCAGAGUUAAAUAUAAAAAAAUCAACAAAGAAUAGAAAUAGUGACACGAGGAACACAGUGAAUAAUAAUAACAUGACUAUAUACAGGGAGUACCAGUACUGAGUCCAUGUGCAGGGGUACGAGGUCAUUGAGGUACAUGAAGAACUAUCGUAUAGGUUUGUGUAUUAUUUUAAGGCUACAUUCCCCUGUCUUACCAGGUAAAUCCACCCCACCAUUAAGAGACAGUUACAAGCGUGAAAUGGAGAUUACUUUUUACGAACGACCUGAAAUGACCCUCGGCAGGAUAGAGUGACACAUUUCCUCACUGACUUUACUCUCGUCACUAGCUGUGUGUGCGCCGUGUUUGUGUCACUGAGGCUGAGAAAGAAAAGGAGGAAAUUGAGAAUGGAAAGAGAGAAUAUAAGGGGGAGAGACUGAUGAGGAGUGAGACUGGUCUGGUUUGUUUUCUUCAGCCACAGCUCUGCCGCCGCUGGCACUCUGAUACCAUCUUAAUGCCAGCCGCUCUGCUCCUCCACACACACACACACAGCCAGCCUGGCGCUGCUGCUGGGCUACUCUACUGCCCCUAAUCCUAUAAGGGAGAGACAGGGAGGGUAUGCAACACACACACACACACACACACACACAACAACACACACACUAGACCAGAGACUAUGAAGUCAUUCUCCCUGCUUGACUUGAGAGGGCUCUCAAAACACACACUCACUCACAACAACAAAUGCAUCCAAGCCAAGACCAUCCUGAGUUCCAUCCUGAGUACCUAGAUUUUUCUCACAUUUGAAUGGGCCAGGAAACAAAAGGAAAUGUUAGUCCUGGUUUCUGGCGAAACAUUAGGGUGAUGUACUGCAGAGAUGUAGGGAGAGAGAGUCAGAAAACACCAUGUUGACCUCAACAACACAUCAGUCAUCAUUAUCUACUGUUCUAUAGAGACUGAUCAAUUUAGGUGAUUCUGGAAACUAAUGCCAUAACUUGUUGUGUGUGUCUGUGUGUGUUGUUCCUGUAGUGCCCUCCAUGCCGCAGUCUGACCCGGGUGCUAGUGGAAUCAUAUCGCACUGUGAAGGAAUCGGGUCAAAAGUUUGAGAUGGUGUUCGUCAGCGCUGACAGGUAUUCCCUUCACACACACCUUCUCUCUCUCCCACACGAUCUCUCUUUCUCCCACGCGAUAUAAAAUCAAUUUAUAACAUUUCUGACAUGCGUUUUUCUGGAUUUUUCUGUUGUUAUUCUCUCUCACUGUUCAAAUAAACCUACCAUUAAAAUUGGUACACACACAUAUACAUACAUAUAUAUAUAUAUAUAUAGUGCCCUCCACAAUUAUUGGCACCCCUGUUUAAGAUGUGGUCGAGGACUUCCAAAAAUUCUCUCUUUUUUUUAAACAACAUAGAACCCAAAUGCAAAAAAAUAGAAAAAUCCAACCUUUUAUUUAAGUAUAUUACUUUGGUGUAAAAAAAAAAAAUCACACAUUUAGAAGAAAAAAAUACUUGAAAUCAUGUGUCCCACAAUUAUUGGCACCCCUGAUGUUAAUACUUUGUACAACCCCCUUUUGCCAACAAGACAGCACUUAAUCUCCUCCUAUAACAUUUCACAAGAUUGGAGAACACAGAGAGAGGGAUCUUUGACCAUUCUUCUUUGCACAAUCUUUCUAGAUCAUCCAGUGUCCUGGGUCCUCUCUUAUGCACUCUCCUCUUUAGCUCGCCCCACAGGUUUUCGAUUGGGUUGAGGUCUGGGGACUGAGAUGGCCAUGGGAGGACCUUGAGUUUGUGACUGCUGAACCAUUUUUGUGUAGAUUUUGCCACGUUUUGGAUCAUUAUCCUGCUGAAAGACCCAAUGACGACCCAUCUUCAGCUUUCUGGCAGAGGCCAUCAGGUUUUUAUUUAAAAUGUCCUGGUAGUUCAAAGCGUUCAUAAUGCCAUGCACCCUAACAAGGUUCCCAGGGCCUUUGGAAGAGAAACAGGCCCACAGCAUCACAGAUCCUCCACCAUACUUCACGGUGGGCAUGAGGUGCUUUUCGGCAUACUCAUCUUUUGUUUUACGCCAGACCCACUUAGUGUUUGUUGCCAAAAAGCUCAUCUUAGUCUCAUCUGACCAAAGCACACGAUCCAGUUGAAGUCCCAGUGCCGCUUAGCAAACUCCAGACGUUUAACGUUUGUGGGUGUUAGUGAGAAAAGGCUUUUUCCUUGCAUGCCUCCCAAACAGCUUGUUGGCAUGUAGAGAGCGUCUGAUGGUUGUUUUGGAUACUUUGUGACCCCAAGAUGCCACUCUUUGAUGCAAUUCUGUGACAGUGAGCUUGGACUUUUUUUUACUUCUCUUACCAUCCUCCUCACUGUGCGUUGUGGCAAGAUAAACUUGGGACCUCUUCCAGCCUUGUUUGUCACUGUUCCAGUUGUUUUAAACUUCUUAAUGAUUCCUCUGACUGUAGAUACGGGCAAGUUAAGGCGAGUGGCUAUUUUCUUGUAGCCAUUGCCUGACUUAUGAAGGUCGACACAAAUCUGCCUUACUUGAAUGGUGUGUUCUCUUGUCUUUGCCAUGUUGACAAAUGGGUAAGAGAAUUAUGCCUCUGUGUCACGUCAUAUUUAUACCCCAGUGAAUCAGGAAGUCAUGAAUUACUAAUUAAAAGUUCCUAGAUACCCUGACCAACUUUAGCAACUACAGAAAAAUAUAUUUUAAAAAAAAUCAAUUAAAAUUUUCAGCGGAAUUGUAAGGGGUGCCAAUAAUUGUAGGACACAUGAUUUCAAGUAAUUUUUUUUCUAAAUGUGUGAUUUUUUUUUUUACCACCAAAGUAAUGUACUUAAAUAAAAGGUUGGAUUUUUCUCUUUUUUUGCAUUUGGGUUCUAUGUUGUUUAAAAAAAAAGGAGAAUUUUUGGAAGUCCUCGACCACAUCUUAAACAGGGGUGCCAAUAAUAGUGGAGGGCACUGUAUAUAUAUAUAUAUAUAUAUAUAUAUAUAUAUAUAUAUAUAUAUAUACACACACACACAUACAUACAUACAUACAUACAUACAUACAUACAUACAUACAUACAUACAUACAUAUAUGUGUAUGUGUAUAUAUAUGUAUAUAUGUGUAUGUAUGUAUAUAUACACAUAAAUAUAUGUAUAUAUGUGUAUGUAUAUAUGUAUAUAUAUUUAUGUGUAUGUGUGUGUGUAAUAUAUAUAUAUAUAUAUAUACACAUACACACAGUCUCAUGUUCCUCUGAGCUGCUAAUUGAAUCGACUGAAUAAACUGAGUUCACAGUGGCACUGAGGGUUGUUUUGUGUUUGCCAACCAACGCAGGUCGGAGGAGUCCUUUCAGCAGUACUUCAGUGAGAUGCCUUGGUUGGCAGUUCCAUACUCAGACGAGGCCCGACGAUCACGACUCAACAGACUCUUUGGAAUACAAGGUACAACACUGUCUCUGAUGUCUCUUCCUGUACUCAUAUACUGUAGUCCUCCUGGACAUGAUGCUGAGUGAGUAUCAAACAUUAGCUGUCUGGCUUAAUAAUGUGUUGAUGUGGAGAAGCGGCCUAAUGGCAGCCAGCUCUACUCUGUGUGCUGGGUCUGGGUCUGGGUAGGGAACAGUGAACAGAUAGCCCUGAAGCUGAAGCUGAAGGAAUGUGGGCUGGUAAUCAAGUUUACUGUUCUGCUCGCUGAGUAAGGGUCAUUUCUCUCUCUCUGCCUUUAUUUUCCCUCUUCCCAAGCCUCUUUCUAUAACCCCCCCUCUUCUUCUCGCUAACACCCCACCAUCUCUCUCUCUGUGUUUCUCUCUCUUUCUGUAGAGGGGAGUAGUGUAGUUGUAGUCAAAGUGCUUGCUCAUUGCCUCUUCUGGCUGGAAUGUUCAGAAUGCUUGCAGGACUGGUCGAUACUGCCCCGCUUCCCCAUUCAAACCCCUGCCAUUCACACUGGCCCACACCCCUCACCACACACACACCCUUCCUCCCAGCCAAACUCACACUGUGCCCUCUGUGUCUGUUUCUGAUAAGGCUGUUAAUAAGGCAGUGAGAUUCUAAUCUUAAAGACUGUGGGAGAGAAAAGGGUUGGGCGUUAAGAAAGAUCUCCUGAACAGGGGACGCAGCGGGAGUCUGAGCAGAGAGAUGGAUGGAGAGAGGGAGGGAACUGGAGAGUUCAGAGAGACAGAGAGCAGAGGCCGGUCAGAGCCUCCGAGGGACUAAAAGCUCCUCCAUACCAUACAGAUAAACAGUGGGAGAGAUACAGCCAUAUGUGGUGAGAGCAACUGGCAAACAUGGAAGGACAGGAGGGGAGGUGGCAGUGACAACAUCUACAAUUCAUGAUUGUUCUCUCUACCCGUUUCCAUCUUUCUCGCUCUUUCUUUCUUCCUCUCCCACCCCGCCUCCCCCUCUCGCUCUCCUCUCUCUCUCCUCUGUCUCCUUCCCCCCUCUUUUCCUCCCUCCCAGGUAUUCCCACCCUUAUUCUGCUGGACGCGGAAGGUCACAUGAUCACGCGACAGGGCCGUGUGGAGGUGCUGAAUGACCCAGAGUGUCGGCUCUUCCCCUGGCACCCCCGACCCGUACUGGAGCUCAGCGAGUCCAACGCCGUGCAGCUCCACGAGGGGCCCUGCCUCGUGCUCUUUGUGGGUGAGUAGAUAAGUGGAUGAACAUUUCAAUGUCAGUCCCUACCAUGCACCUCCACGAGAGGCCCUACCUCGUGCUCUUUGUGGGUGAAUGGAGGAGCAUUCAGUGCUGGUUUCUAAAUAAUAACAAUCCUUCAGACUAUGUAUAGUAAUACAUUCUAAAGAGCAUUGUGCAAGAAGUAAAAGUGAACAGAUCAGUUGUAGGGCCACAUGCUAUUUUAAAGUUUGAGGACGUACAAGAGUAGGGUAGAGUAAAGAAGCAGAAGAAAAGUGUUAUUCUGUCUGUCUUUUAGGCUGUUAGCAGUGAGAGAGAUGGCAGAGAUUGAUGCCAUGCUCUGCUAAGUGGCUCAGGCCAAAGUGGACAGGGCAGCCAUUAAGCCAGGCGAGACAAUAAGACGGCAAUGUGAGAAUGGAGUGACCGGGUGCAAACUGAUGACCUCAUGAUUUCAGGCCCUGAGAUCAGAUCCGAAGGGGUUAGCCACAGACCAUCUGCUCUCCUCCUUUUGUCUCCUCACUCGUCUGCUUAUCUAUCCAUUCACUCACCCACUCUCUCCUCUCCUCUCCUCUCCUCUCCUCUCCUCCUCUCCUCUCCUCUCCUCCCGUCCUCACUUGUCUUUUCACUCAUCUGCUGAUUUAUCUGCACAUUCUUUCGCUCCUUUCUCUCGUGGCUGCUUUUCUUUGUCUUCAUCUCUUCUUCCUGUCCUCUCUCUAGUCUUCAUGCCUUCACGCCAAGUUUGCUCUCCUCUGUCUGUCUCACAAACACAUUCUCUCUCUCAACCAAUCCUCUUUCUACUCUUUUCAUACUUUUUACACCUGUGUUUCUCUCUCGUUCAGAUGCGGAGGAGGAGGGAGAGCUGGAGCCGGCGAAGGAGCUGAUCCAACCAAUCGCAGAGAAGAUCAUGGCUAAGUACAAAGCCAAGGAGGAGGAGACACCACUGCUCUUCUUCGUGGCUGGAGAGGUGAGAUAGGGGACACACACACACACACACACACACACACACCUCUAGCUGACCUAGAUGAGAAUAUUCACACCUGAUGAAAUCUGUCUUAGCUUUUGGCGUUUUAGUUGUUUUGCAUUCCUGUCUUGUGUACGUCUCCUCUACUGUGGGCAUCUGUCUCUGUGUGUUUGGUUGCUGCUAUGCUGGUGUAUGAUGUACCAUCUGGUUUAGUUAUCACAUAUCAUAAUCCUCUGGUAGAGAACAUGCCUCUACUCACCAACCGACACAGAAAUAAGCUACAGGAUAAUGUCAGAGGGUCGUUUCUGAGGGAUGAAACCCCCUUUCACUUUCGUGUGAGGCACACCACACGGCCCAUGGCCCAGAAUUCAGCUGGCCGUCUGUCUGAUGAUAGCUGUUCUCCCUCUCCGCAGAACAGCUGUGCACCUCUCCCUCCGGAAUCCCUCAAUCUCCCCUCCAUAUACUCCUCGAUCCUCUAUCUCCCCUCAAUCCGUCCGCCCGCUCAGUGCAGGAGGGAACAUGGAGUUUUCUUAACUCUUGUUAUUCCUUCUCAUCCUUUCUAGAGCUUGUUGAGUUAGCAGCAGGGACAGCCGUAAUUACCAGAUGAGCUAUCUCCCCCUCACUCCUCUCCCCUGCUCACAGGGCUCAGAGCUCGGGGAGGUCAGGACGGUGUCCCAUGUCAAAUGGAUCAGGUUUAGGUUUCAGCCAUGGGGAGCUGCACAGGUGCUCCCUCGCUGUCCUGUCUUACCCUCUGCCUGGCUGCCUGAAGCCACUCUGCUCUCAUGUCGGCCUUUAUAUGCCACGGCCACAGACAGACCAAAGGACGCACACAUUCACAUGUCACAGACAGGCGCUGGGGCUAAGAAAACAUACUAACACCCUCUCUCUUUACCGUUCACUUGUUUGGGGAUUUGUUGCAUAUUGAUUGGUAUUUAUGUUCAUCUGGACAAGACCCAUUCUAAUGAAUGUUACAUCACUGAAUGAAAGUGAACCUGUUUCUCAGCUGAAAGGUCUGUGUUGCUUUCUAGGUUCAUUUUCAGUCCGUGUUCCCUCCCUCUGGCACCCCUGGUAGUCUAUAGAAGGCAGGUACAGUUUUCUUCCCAUCGUCUGGGUUACAUGUAGCUGGAUCUAAAUUCACCAGCACUGGCAUCCUAUUCCCUAUAAAUGGCACCCUAUUCCCUAUAUAGUGCACUACUUUUUACCAGAGCCCUAUGGGGAAUAGGGUACAAUUUUGGACAUAGCCUGUGUAUACCCUGCCAUGGACCCAUUGGGCUCUCUGUUAUGCCAGGCAGAGGCUGAGGUUACAGGAUGGACCCCCAUGCAGCCUGCGGGGCCCUGGCCUGGGUGAGGCCUGCCUGCAUGUGGUCAGACCAGGCCCUGUCUGCCAGCUGCUGUGCUGGGGAUGGUUACUGUAUCAGUGAGACAGUACUAUGCUGCCAGCCCCACAUGGAGAGCCUGGCCUGCAGAAAAUUAGAGGGGAUCUCAUUACCCCACCCUGUAAGUCACACAGAGGCUGAGAGAAACUGACUGGCAACCUAUGGUAGGACCAUUGGAAGAUGCCCUAUUCACACAGAAAAUUCAUGGGGAUUGAUAUUUGUGAUUGCAAUAAAGAUGUCUACUGUAAUUUAUGCUUUUCUAUCAAGUAUAUUAUGUUUUUUUUCCAUUGACAGUAUUUUCUAUAUUAUUGACUCUGAGAUAUUUGGGGUAUAGUUGUCUUCUUUGCCUUGACCCUUCCCAGGUUUAGCCAGGAAUAGGAGAUCCUGUCAAUAGUUUAGUCUUCCGCCCGUAUCACCUGCUAACCUCCCUGACCCCAGGGUUCAAAGGUCGUGUAGACACCGAGGCCUGUGUCACACUGUGUGUGUUGUGAGCCAGACAGGUUGGCCUCUCCACUAGCUAUUUACGUCCAAGCAGUGUGGUGUUUUUAGAAACACUCUUCUCCUGUGUCUCUUACUGUCAAUACAGUUCAACAGUUAGAAGAAAUGAAACAAUCAAUCAUCAAGAAGCCAAUACACUCACAGGCAAAUCCCUGUCAUUUAAAGCAACAAUAUACCUACUGAUUGAAAAAUAUGUUACAUAUAACACUUUUCACUAGGUCUAACAUGGCUUUAGAAGGGCGUUAUCUUACAAUGUACAGUAUGUAAAGAUACAAGGUCUAGCUGGCCUAUAUCCUAUCCUUUGAUACAGUGAUUCUCAGUAACUAUGUGUUCCAGCCUGAAUCUACCAGUGAUACAGACUGAUAGGCCAUUGUUCAGCCAAUCAUAUCGCUGUGCCGAUUGUAUCCUGAAUUUCACAACGCCUGGAGGCUCUCAAGCUGACCAAUCAGUAGGCUGCUUCCCAGGCCGUCUGGCCAAUGGGAGCUUCUUAUCUUUGUAGGUCCUUAUCUGAUGGCUGUCGUCUACUCUGUGGAAUGCCACAGUGCUACAAUGGUCAGAAUAAACCUGACAUUGUGCAGAAGUAGGUUCCAUACGGUAAACACACACAGGAGCCUUAUCACAGCAGUCAGUCAGUGACUGCAGGCCAUACGUAGCAUAGCAUAGAGACCCUUUGUCUUUGUGUUCAGAGCAGGGCUGGAGAGAGAGGGUAAGGGGCCGGUCUCUCUAUCACUCUCACUCACGCAGCUGGACUGGUUGCUUCUCAUGAAGAACAGUUUACACAUGGUUAGCAGCCACACAAAGGAAGAUGCAAGACUUCCCACAGAGAAGAAGACAGCCAGGGAGAUUACAUCUCUUCAUAUCUAUGAGGCUGGGAGGCCAUGCUGACAGCAUGACUCCUCUGUGAUUUCUCUUUCUGUGGUUCCUUUCUAAGGCAAUGCCCGAGUAUGUAUUUUCAAUCGGAGCUUGCAUGAGAAGCCUUUAGGGAGGAUUUGAGGAGACACAGAUUUUCUAAAGCUUGGGAAUAAAAAUAUAUAAAUAUUUUACCUUUAUUUAACUAGGCAAGUCAGUUAAGAACAAUUUCUUAUUUACAAUGACGGCCUACACCGGCCAAACCCGGACGACGCUGGGCCAAUUGUGCGCCGCCCUAUGGGACUCCCAAUCACAGCCGGUUGUGAUACAGCCUGGAAUCGAACCAGGGGGUCUGUAGUGACGCCUCAAGCUCUGAGAUGCAGUGCCUUAGACCACUGCGCCACUCGCUUGUGGCUACAUGAAUCAUCCAUUAAACAUCCUCAUAAGUGUAGCAAUUACUUUCAUUGUAUAUUUUUAUGAAGUAGAGUAGGUUUCAGACUCAAUGAUCUGUUCUCAGAUCAGAUGGUAGAGAUUCAGAGGAAGUGAGCUCUCCAGAUAUUACAUGCCACAGGAUAACUCAACUGUUCUGCUAGCAGUUUUGCAACAAGUCACAAACUUUGUUGGCAUACAUACUUGUCCUUUUUAGGUAGCAAAGUGGCCAAGCUGCUCUUUGAGAGGUCUGAGAGCUGAUUGUGCAGCUUAAUCCAUUUAGGUUGAAUCAUUUUACUGCCAUUUUUCCAGAUAACGGGAGCGUUAGUCCAAAAAAAAGGAAAACAUUUGUGAAAAGCUGUGAUUUAAUGACAGUACCAAACCUUUGCGACAGCGCCUGCCUGUGGUCGUUUCCUGUAACUUCUGUAUUUUUAAAUAAUAUUUUCCAUAUGAAAUCUUCAAUCUCUUCCAAGUCUCUCUCACCCAGAGGGCUUAGUUGAGAGGAAGUCAGCUCAUCCUGUCAUGAGGAAGGGAGAGACCAUCUCAGAAGAUGUCAGAUACUAGUCUGGCAUGACAGAGCUGAAAUGUCACUUCACAUAAAUCAACACUUGAAAUCCUCUUUAACGUUUAGAAGAAAAGUAUUGACUGACUGGAACUAAUGCAGCUUUGGUGAAGUGGAGAAAAGCUUCCUCUAAGAUCACUAACUGAAAUGACAUGCUAUUGCAAGUAUUGCCAAAAAGUGCCUGUUAUUUUCUCUCUGAUGAAUUAAUAGUGAGUGUACUGGGGUCUGCAGCCUGUCUGCUGAGGUGUUAUAGUGAGUUAUUCCUGCUGUCUUAUGAUUCUAGGACUUGAGGGGUGAGAGGUGAGAUCAAGCCUGGGGCUGAACAAGGCUUGGAUCUGUGUUUGAGGGCUUGUAAAAAGACAUUUGGGAAGUGACAUAAGUCUGUCCUCAAAGCUCCACCACACGCCCUUUUUCCUAUUUCUCACCAGACAUGAGGGAAUACACCACUCUCUCGCUCUCCUUCUCACCCCCCCUCCCUCGCGUAAAAUAUCCAAACACGCUGUGAUGCGUCUCUGAAGCUUCCCAGCCUUAUAGUCCAUGAGUGAGGCUUUGAAGGGAGGGAUGUUGUUGGACCCCCUACAGCUCCCCCCACCCCCCCACAGUGCUCUCUCCCACAGUGGGGUGCAUGACAGAGCCCUAGCUAGCUGGGCACACUGCCUGCAGGAGGAGAGGGAAGAAAGAGAUCCCCAGUCUUCAAAACCAAGCAGACAUUAAUGAGACAAUCACCUUCAGUUGUGAAUCUAUUGAGUAAUAUUAAAUGCCAUAGUUAAUCUUGUGUGCUGUCCCAGUUUUAUUACCAAAAUCAAGUCAUAACCGAUUGAAAGCAAUUACGUUUUUAUAUUCGGUCAUAAGGAUGUUAGCAGUUAUCUAGCAAUUCCUUUUGCAUGACACACAGGAUAAACUGUUGUUGAUAAUAUGUAGGCUAGGCCACGCCACUUCACAUGUAAUCAUGUCAUCACUUCACUUUGUCAUACAACUUCUUCCCCAGGCACAAUUGCUACCGCAUAUAGACAGGUUGGUAGACAAGAUUAUGUCAUAUAUGAUCAUGACUGACCUGUCUGUGUGUUCCCAGGAUGACAUGAGUGACUCCCUGCGUGACUACACCAACCUCCCAGAGGCAGCGCCCCUGCUCACCAUCCUGGACAUGUCUGCCCGGGCCAAGUACGUUAAGGACGUGGAGGAGAUCACACCGGCCGUGGUGGAGACCUUUGUCCAAGACUUUCUGGCUGAAAAGCUCAAACCAGAGCCCAUCUAGAGAGCACGCCUAGAUUAUGUCCGGAAUGGCACCCUAUUCCCUAUAUAGUGCACUACUUUUGACCAGGGCCCAUAUUCCUGGUCAAAAGCAGUGCACUAUAUAGGGAAUAGGGUGCCAUUUGGGACACACCCCUAGAAACCUAUGGGACUGAAACCCACACCUCCAUCAAACCCUGACCUCCCGGCUACCACCACCAGCCUCCUCUCCCGUCUCCCCCCUUUCUGUCAGACUGUCAGAGAAAGGUCUCACUUUUUACUGACAGUAACUUUUUUUUAGACAUGUCUUUCUCUCAUGGAGUCUUCUCCUUCUCCUGUGGUGCCUUGCAUUGACUAA